AUGAUUUUCUCCACGCUGCUGUUUCUUGCCAGUUGGGGUUUGCUCAGUUCUGCUUCGGUGUCUCCCUCUGUGGAGGAAGCCUACAAGGCUGUGCUCAGCGUCGUGGCUCCUGGACAGCAGCAUCUGACCGGGGAGUCCCUCGACUCCCUCUUUAAUACCCUAGAGAAACGUGUGCAGUGCGGCGGAGUGUCGUGUGAAAAUUGUAAUCUAACAGAGGCCGUUCACCAGUUGAUCGGCAAUCACUCCACCCACGGAGAGAAUGAAGCUGGUAGAGGCAGAGAAAAUGUAACCGUCAGUGUGUCUCAGUUCCCUGCUCUUGCUGCCGGAUGCAUCCUGUACCUCACAUCUCCCGGCCUGGUCUGCACCGCGGCGAGGCAGGGGAGAUGGGGAGAGGAGACCGAACAUUUCCUACAUAAAAUCACACAUGAGGAUCACCACGAGCACCGGCACGAAGAGAGGGAGCCGCACCACGAACACGAGCACAUAGACUUUCAUGGGUUAAAGGUGGUGCUUCAGGAACUUCACGACCACUAUGAGCCCUCAGAUGGAGAGCACUGUGUAACAGCCAGUGACGUCAUGACAGAGGUCAACGCAUCAUCACCAGUCCACCAGAGACAGGAAGUGGGUGCAGUUUUGGGCCACGUCCUGUAUCACGCUCUGCUAGGUCACUGCUUCAUUAGCCGGUCCCUGCCUGAGGAGAGCUUCUUCCUGGACUACAUCACGGAGCGUCUGGGGUCGGAGAACUUCACCGUCGGGGCUUUGGAGGCUCUCAUGAGGAGUCUGAACCUCGGACCUGAAGACGAUCAUGAUAAUGACCAUGACCACGACCACGACCACGACCACGACCACGCUGAUCACGAUCAUAGUGGUUUAAGACGGAGGAGGAAGAGAAACCAUGAACGUCUCGAGGGGCAUGAAAGAAACACCACCUGGGAUCAGGUCUGUUUCUCUGCUGAAGACCUGGUCGUGAUCUAUGAUCUGGCAGACAAUAGAUCUGCCUCCUCUGGCCUGGCUCGGCUCAGCCCUGCACUCGUCCAGCAGAUCCUGAGCGGAGCGUGUGCACACAUCACAGACCCGAUGACACCAGACGGGCUCACCACGGUUGAGAGAUACAUCUAUGCAACCAUUGCCAAUACGCUGAUAACACUGACGUCCAUGUUUGGCAUUGUGGUGCUGCUGUGCACCUCCUGCACCAGCGUGUUCCAGUACAGUAUCCAGUUUUGCAUCAGCCUGGCUGUCGGUUCACUGACUGGAGAUGCUUUACUGCACCUGAUUCCCAUGUUUCUAGGUUUACAUGUGCACUCAGACGGGCACUCUCAUGAGGAAGAAACUCCAGUCUACAUUUACAAGAUGUUGGUGCUAAUUGCCGGGAUUUACUACUUUUAUCUGAUGGAAACCAUCUUCUCUCUGGUCGCAUAUAAAGAUAAUCAUCACCACCAUCAACAUCAUCAUGGGGAAGAAUCGGAGCCUCACCACUGUGACCAUGGGAGGGUUUUAGAGAUGUAUCAACAGGAGAGGAAACAAAGAGACAAGUCACAUUCAGUAUCAAAAGCAGACUUAUUUCAGGUAGGCCAUGAAGAGGAUGCGAAAUCCCUUUCAAAGCCGGUAGAGCGCACCAGAGAACAGCGCCUGCUGCCUUACAUGAUAACCAUCGGCGACGGGAUCCACAACUUCGCAGACGGCUUAGCGAUGGGCGCAGCUUUCUCCCUGUCAUGGAGGUCUGGUCUGGCCACAUCACUAGCUGUACUCUGCCAUGAACUACCACAUGAACUGGGUGAUUUCGCCAUUUUGCUCCACAGCGGCAUGACUGUCCGCAAGGCGUUGCUCCUAAACGUCGGCAGCGCCAUGACCUCGUUCGUCGGCAUGUACAUCGCUCUGGCUGUAGCCACCGACGUCGCUACCAAACAGUGGAUUGCCGCCAUUACUGCAGGACUCUUCCUGUACGUGGGGCUGGCUGACAUGCUCCCCACCAUGGUCCACAUCAGCAACAAGAGACCCUGGCUGAUGUUUCUGCUGCAGAACAUCGGCCUUCUGACUGGAUGGGCUGUUCUGUUGUUGCUGUCACUUUAUGAGGAGAGAAUCAGCUUUUAAAACGUUGGUCUGUUGAGUGGGUUAAUAUUACUUCUGGUAUAAUUUAUGUAGAUUGUAAAAUCUUUGAACGACAUUCACAGUUACAUGACUGGGUGUUUAGGUAUUAAUCAUAAAUCCAUCCACCCAUCUAUCCAUCCAUCUAUCUAUCCAUCCAUCCAUCCGUUUUCUUCCGUUUAUCCGGGGCUGGGUCAUGGGGGCAGCAGAUUUAGGGCAUUCCGGACGUCCAACUCCCCAGCAAUGUUUUCCAGCUCUUCCUGGGGGACCCCGAGGCGUUCCCAGGCCAGAAGAGACCUCUCCAGCGUGUUCUGGGUUUACCCUGGGGCCUCUUACCAGUUGGACAUGCCCGGAAAACCUCCAA